AUGGAUCAAGAUACGCACGAUAUAUCGACCCCGGUCGAGCCUGACUCCGAAAACGACGGCGACUCAUUAUACUCUGACUCACUUGACAAUGCCAGUUAUACCACAAGUGUGACAUCGAGCGUGCUAGACUAUCAAUAUGAAAACGGUCGCAGAUAUCAUUCAUACCAUGAAGGAGAAUACAUUUUGCCAAAUGAUGAACGGGAACAAGAUCGCCUUGACCUGAGCCACCACAUUUACCUAAUGCUUCUCAAAGGAGAAUUGUUCCGAGCACCAAUCAAAAAUCCAAAGCGAGUACUAGAUCUCGGGACAGGAACAGGUUUAUGGGCAAUCGAGUAUGCGGAUACAAACCCAAACUCACAGGUGAUUGGAAUUGAUCUAAGCGCUAUUCAGCCAUCAUGGGUGCCUCCAAACUGCCGCUUCGAGAUUGAUGACUUUGAACAACCGUGGUCAUAUAGCAAACCAUUUGACUAUAUCCAUGGGCGCGAAUUGGAAGGUUCCAUCCGUGACCAUGACCUUCUCUUCAAACAGGCACUUGACAACCUGAAUCCCGGUGGAUGGUUUGAAAUUGCGAGUUUCGACGUUAACACCUAUUCGGACGACGACACUCACCUCCGCGCAACCAACUUCAUCUUAGCCAUUAAGCACAUGCACGAAUCAUCGCGCAUGUUUGGCAAGGACAUGACAUCGUCCCCAUCCUGGAAAGGUCGGAUGGAGAAGGCCGGGUUUGUGAAUGUCAAAGAAGAGGUUUACAAGCUGCCCCAAAGUCCAUGGCCCAAAGACCCCAAGCUCAAGGAGCUUGGUCGGUACCAUCAACUCAACAUGCUCGAAGCUAUGCCUAUUUACACAUAUGCGUUGUUUUCAAGAGUGCUUGGAUGGACACGCUCCGAGAUUGAGGGACUGUUGGCAGGAAUCCGAAUGGAGCUGCGGGAUACAUCGCAUCACCUGUACACGAAAGUGCGGGUGGUUUACGGCCAGAAAGCCGCAGGACCUGUGAGUUCCUAA